AGCAACAAAUGUACUCCAAGUUUGCUACUUUUCCUUUUUGUUUGAAGAAAAAAGACUUGAAAUUUCCAACAAUGGCCAGUAAAACCCUCAUCUUUAGAACCAAAUUCAUAAGGUUCCUCUCCACAAACCCCAAUUUCCCAAGUCAGUCUCAGUACAGGAAACAAAUUUCUCUUGCUAAUAUCUUCCAAAGGUAUGGCUUUUCUUCAUCACAGCUCCACAGCUUCAUUAGCACAAAUCAUUUUCUUUUGAAUUCCAAUUUACAGGACAUUGAGAAGUCCCUUGGUCUUCUCUUAUCCUUCAAAAUCCCACAGAAAUCUCUCAUUUCUUUGAUUUCUGAAUGUCCUGGAGUUUUAGAAUUCGAUUUCUUGAAGAAAUGGGAACUUGGGUUCUCAAAGUUUGGGGAUUUAAGUGUGUCCCCAUUUCUGAUAAAGGGUGUUUUAGGUCAUUCAAAAAGGUUCCAGAUUGAUCCAGAUGGGUUCUAUAAGAGCGUUAACGUGUUAAAGGGUUUAGGGUUUAGUGAGGGUACUGUGAGGAGGGUAUUAGAGGAGUUUCCCGGAGUGAUCACAAUGAGAGGAAGUGAAAUUCAUAGCAAGAUUGAAUUUCUAAUGAGAAUUGGGUUUGGUAGGGAUGAAGUUGAUUGGAUUUUCAAUUCGUAUCCGGUGGGUUUAGGUUACGGGAUCAAGAAUAGGCUGAUGCCAUUGAUUGAUGAGUUUAUGAAUUCGGGUUUUAGUAGAGAGGUGAUUAAAGAAGAGAUUGCUAGGCAGCCGCGGAUUCUUGGUUUAGAAUUAGGUGAAUUUUCGCGGUGUUUGGAGUUACUUAAGUCCUUGAAAUGUCGAGAACCGAUCAAGUUGAAAAUCUUGAGUGAUGGAGCAUUUAGAGCUGCAUUUGAGGUGAAAUUAAGAGUGGAUUGCUUAUGCAAACACGGGUUGACUCGCAGGGAAGCUUUGAAGGUUUUGGCGAGGGAACCUCGGGUAAUUAUUUACGAAAUUGAGGACAUUGAGAAGAAGAUCGAGUUUUUACUGAACACGAUGAAAAUGAAUGUUUGUUGCGUAUUUGAAGUUCCGGAGUAUUUGGGUGUGAGUUUGGAGAAACAGAUUGUUCCUCGCUACAAUGUGAUUGAGUAUCUCCGUGCGAGAGGCGGGCUGGGUGAUGAGGUAAGCCUGAAAGGAAUGAUAAAGUUAAGUAGGCUUAAGUUCUAUAAUCUGAAUGUCAAGCCAUAUCCGGAAUGUGAAAAGAUGUUUGGAAGAUUUUCAGGUAAGGAGCAGGUGAAAAGGCAGCAUCCAGUUGGACUGUGGAAAAGUUUUAAACCACAAAUGCAUACAUGUUCGAAACAGGAUGAACGGAAUAUGAAGUCUUUCAUGGAAGGGCUUACUUAGAAAGGAUCGAUCUUAAUGAUUCUUUAUUAUUGCAGUAGCAAUGAUAUUUGAGGUCGGUUAUUCUUCUGAUUCAGUAUAAAGAAUCUGCUUGCUGCUGCAAGUCUACAACGUGCUAGUUGACACAUUGGGACGAGUUUAGCAUUUUGUUUCAAGAAUAUUGCAGAACAUAGGUGAAAUUUUCUGUACAUCAGUUUGCGUCAAUUGUCUUCGUAAGAUCCUGAUAGUCCUCACCUGGCCACAAUCUUGUCGCAUCAAGUGACUAUAUGAACCGUAAACCUUUAUGCCGCUAAUGCAACUGCUGCUUAUAGAAGCAGAAUUACUGCAUGCCAGCAACACCAGAAUUACAGCAUGCUACUACUCGUUGCAUAGCACAAGAAUCUCCCACACAAUGUGCGUAUCCACCUCAUCAAAUCACACACACAUUGGGUGCACAUUGUUUAGCUAGAACGGUUAUGUUUUCGUUCUAUAAGUAUGGCUUAAAAGCUUAUUGUUAGUUUUUAGUUUUGCAACUCUACAAAUACUCGAUCAAUAUAGUUUCGAUUCUCUGUUUGUUUUCCGAUA